AUGCAUGAAAAAAAGAAAAAGUUCAAAUUUCCUACGAAAUGGCUUUUGCCAAUGACUAAACGCGAUAAAAAAUCAAUAAAGGAAGAUGGUAAAAUAGUAGUGCAACCAGUAUUUGUUAGUGUUAAUCAAAAUACCGAUGUUCGAACAAAAACACCAUCUCUACCGUUCUUUGCUCCUCUGUCACCGUCACCACAGCGAUCAAGGCCUCGUCUAACUAAACGUAAGAACGAUGUCUUACCAACGGACGCCCCGUCUAAUAUUCGUAGAGCAGUUGAAUCUUCAAUAGAUAUGUCACAAAAAUAUAAGUUUAAUACGCUUGUUACACCAAAACGUACCGAGCCAACGAUACGGAAACUAUUUUAUUCGGAUGAUGAUUUGUCAUUAGAUGCAUUAAAAUGUGAUACUAUACUGAAGAUAUUAGAGCCAUCUGUGAUAAAGACUUACCCAGAGCAGGACAAGUAUAUUUACCGAAGUAAUCAAAACACUGUCUUGAAUAAAAGCAACGAUAUGAAUAUAUCAAAUUUAUCAAAUGAAUGUAUCAUUGAUUAUCCACAUGAAAUCAAUAAAGCUCCUCAAUUUGAAUAUUUCAACGAACGCUUCAAUGACCUAACAUUUUCUAUGUUUCAAAUGAACUGCUCAUCAUCUAGUUUAGUGAAUAAUAGUGAUGGCAGUCCACCCACAUUAUCGCAAACAUCUUCUACAAGCGAUCAAAACAUGGUCUUGCUUGAUAGUGAGUUAAACGAAUGUUUCAACAAGUUGUUAAAAAAUACAAUCGAACGACCAACAACAACGAGAUCAGUUUCACGCGAAACAUUGUCAACGACAGAUGGUCUUUCUCUGGUUUCAUAUGAACAACCAACAACUGUGAGUAAUAACGAUAUUCAUGAUUCUGGAAAUGGUUCGUCACCUAUUUCAGAUGAAACAGAAAAUAAUAAUCCUAGUCGACAUACCACUCCUCUAUAUUGUACAAAUUCUCGUGCUCGAAGUGUCGACAGUCUUCUUCGUACGACAGAAAACGAUAAGACUAGACGUUAUAUACCAAAUACAAUAAAAAAAAAUACAAAUCAAAUGUUCGCAAAACAAAAGAGUACAAAAUCGAAUAAUAACAUAGUAUUUCAAUCGCGUUCUGUUCAACAACAGAAAGAAAAACAGCUGUGUACUAGUACAUUUAAUUUAGAAAAAUCAGGUCUCAAACGUGUUUCAGCUACUCUCUAUAAAUUCUCACCAAUUGAAAAUAAAAAUGACGAUCGUUUCUUGUGUGAGCAAUCAGUCGAUUCAUUUUCACAAUACCAGACAUCGAUGCAACAACUAUUUGUCGAAGAAUUACCACAAUCAAAAAAUCAAUAUCAAAAUGUAGUAGUCACAUCAACGACAAAUGUUCGUUCACUACCAAAACAACAUCGUCUGUUAUCAACUAUUAAACAGCAUGUAAAAAAAUGUUUUUCUGACAAACCUUCUGCAGAAUCGUUGAAGAAUUUGAAACGUCAAAAUGAUAAAAAACAAUCUACAGCACCGCCAGCAAAUUUAAUUACAAUGCAAGAGUUUUCGGGCAAACUGGAUGCUAGUAUAUGUAACACGGUUUAUAGAGGCUUUGAACGUGAAACACUUCAUACAGAUGAUGAAAUUGAUAAUUAA